AUGCAAUCACCCCCCAAUGACAUGCGCUCCAAUCUUUCCUGUGCCUUCUCCGGGUCCUUGUUGUUAUUCGGGGGCUGGCUAGUGGUCAUUUGGAGUUUUAUUCGCACAAUGGCUUUCCACCUACAAGUAUGCUGGGAAAGAGUCCUAGGACCGAAGUUCAUGUGGGGAGCCUUUGUCUGCGGAUUCGGAAUCCCAGCAAUCGGACUGACAAUUAUGCUGAUACUGACCGGAGUGUCAUUCCGAUUUGGCGAUAUCUGCCAUAUCAACGUAACCAACGGACUAUACGACUACUGGAUCCCAGUUAUGAUCUUUGCCGUCGCAGCCCUCUUCCUCCAACUAUCCACAAUGGUCUACUGUACCCACAUCUACCUUCGCUCUCUCUUCGACAAAUCCGCCUCAACAUCAGGCAGCUCUGGUACCAACCUCCCCUCAUAUUCAGCCAGCAUCGGCACUGUGACAGCCCGGCAAGCCUACCGGCGCGUACGCCGCGUCCUUAAACUCCAAUGGCGGGGCAUCGCCCUCACAUCAAUCAUUCUCGGCAACGUCCUCUUCUUCGCAGUCGUCUUCAUCAGCCUCGAUAACGCUGUGGCGCCAACGGUAGAAAACGUCAAAACCGCAGGCCCCUGGCUAAUGUGCCUCGCCGAAACCGGCGACAAAGAUCUCUGCCGCGAAUACGCCGCAGCCAUCGGCCCCAAUGAAGCAACUCUACUAGCAGUCGUGUUCCUGCUCUCGCUCGUCGGCUUCUGGAACUUCAUUCUCUUCGCUCGUCCGUCCAUGUUCGCCGGCUGGCUGGAUCUAUUCCGCCGCAAAGUGAUACGCCGCAACGAGUUCGUCUCUGCGGAUGCAUCCACCCGCUUCGCUGACAACAAGGGCUUCGAAAUGUUGACUACGUCUGUGAAAUCACCCGAUACAUUCAUGCGCUCGCGAAGCCCUUCCCGACUUGAUCGCAACGCUUUUAUGCGCUCACCGAGUCCUACACAAAUGGGCCAUGACCGCAGUACUUUCGUGCCUUCGUCAAGCCCCACGCAGAUGACUGGAUACGGCCGCAGUCCGAUCGCCAGCCCUAGUCCAAGCUCCGAGCGCAAUACUCAGGUCGCUCGUGAGGCCCGCUAUGUGCGUCCCUCCUUGAGUUUUUCAGGGCCUAGGCCGCCUAGUGCACGCGAGUGGGAUCCCCAGUCUUCGUUUGCACCGGCGUACGGGCGAGAACAAGUGUAA